AGGAGGACUGGCUGCCCUUCAUCUGUCUGCUCUAGGCGGAGCUGAAGUUACCAAGAGCGGCCACGGGAGCUCGACGUGAUCCGCGGGGCGAUAAUCAUCCACACCGGGGAAUGCGCUAAUUUACCCGAGCAGACUCUGAGCGGCGAUCAGUUCACCGACAAUGAUCGACUGAGACUCACUGCGCUGUUUGUUAAAGGCCUCUGUCGCGUUGGAUCGGACUCAAUGCUCCUGUUCGGCCGCUUGGACCGACCGAUGGGUUCGACGCCUUGUGCCGUAGAUUUGCUUCAUUUCAGACAUAUUAUUUUGGAAUUAAUGCAGGAAUAAAACCAAAUAAAGCCGGGAAAUGUCGGGCAUGUCGUCAGCUCAUGAAGCUAAACAUCGACUGAAGCGGACGGACACGAAAAAACCUGACCCAUAUUAAGAUACUGCUCGAGCUUCUGGACCAGAACCAAAUACAGCGAAACGAAAUCUUGUUUAUAAACCCCGACAACUACCGGGACGCGAUCGCAGCAGGAUUUGAGACCUCUCUUAAGAGGGCUGAAGACAUGCGAGGAAGUGGGUAACAUACAUUGCAUUAAGUUUAAUCGCUCAAACUCUGAACCAGCGUGGAGAAAAUGCGUUUAUAAUCUAUUUAUCACUGCACACACAAACCCAAAGGCGUCUGAAGUCAUGCACUGCCUCCAAAACUUCAUUUGCACGUCUCAUUUCGGACUGUUCCUUCCGAGCACAUGAGUUUGAAACUCGGUCGAUAAAAGAGGAGGAGGAAAAAAGAAAAUCGGAACUUUUUUUGGGGGGGGGGGGCUGAACCUAUCGAGAAACACCAGGAUGGUCAUCAGGAUGAGAGUGCGGAUCCUAACCCGAACAUCGGUGCUGUCACUGGGGCUGUGCUCAAUGCUUCUGCUCAGUGCUGUGGCUGCUGCUCAGAGUGAGGAGAGAGAGCGGGAGUGUGCAUUUAAUGACCAGCACCAGCAGGUGGAUGAGCAGAGCGUGGCUGCUGACUGGCACAUCACCAGAGAAAAUAACACCAUCCUGUGCAGCAAGAGCAGCCGCUGCUAUGGCCUGUGGGAGAAAACACAUGACGGAGAGAUCCGCCUGGUCAAACAAGGCUGUUGGACUUACAUUGGUGACCAGCAGGACUGCCAUGACGACCGUUGCGUGGUUACCACCACGCCGUCACAGAUCCAGAAUGGGACCUACAGAUUCUGCUGCUGCAGCACCAACAUGUGCAACGUCAACUUCACGGAGAACUGGGUCCCCAGCCCCACCAGCACCACCCAAGAGCAGCAGCCUUUGCACAGAGAUGAGGCCAUCUUCAUCGCCCUCGCGUCUGUCUCUAUAGUAGCGGUCUUGAUCGUGGCGCUGUUCUUCGGCUAUCGCAUGAUGAUGGGCGAGUGUAAACAGCGUCUGCACAACAUGGACAUGAUAGAGGCUGCACCGUCAGAACCAUCUCUGGAUUUAGACAGUUUAAAACUCCUGGAAUUGAUUGGUCGAGGACGCUACGGUUCUGUCUAUAAAGGAUCACUGGAUGAACGCCCAGUUGCUGUAAAGGUUUUUACCUAUGCUAAUCGGCAGAACUUUGUGAAUGAGCGCUCAAUCUACCGAAUCCCUCUUCUGGAGCAUGACAACAUCGCUCGUUUUAUUGUUGGCGAUGAGCGUCUCACAGCGGAUGGGCGGAUGGAGUACCUGCUGGUUAUGGAGUACUACCCUCAUGGCUCUCUGUGUCGAUACCUGAGUCUGCACACGCUGGACUGGGCGAGCUGCUGUCGUCUGGCACAUUCAGUCACCAGAGGACUGGCCUACCUGCACACUGAGCUCCUGAGAGGAGAUUUGUAUAAACCUGCCGUUUCACAUCGGGAUCUAAACAGCCGUAAUGUUCUGGUGAAGAACGAUGGCACAUGCGUGAUCAGCGACUUUGGCCUGUCCAUGAAACUGACGGGAAAUCGCCUUGUACGGCCUGGUGAAGAGGAAAAUGCUGCCAUCAGUGAGGUGGGCACAAUCCGCUACAUGGCGCCAGAAGUGCUGGAGGGAGCGGUGAACCUCAGGGACUGCGAGUCGGCUCUGAAACAGGUGGACAUGUAUGCCAUUGGCCUCAUCUACUGGGAGACCUUCAUGAGAUGCACUGACCUUUUUCCAGGGGAGGCAGUGCCAGAUUACCAGAUGGCCUUCCAGGCCGAAGCAGGGAACCACCCCUCCUUUGAGGACAUGCAGGUUCUGGUGUCCAGAGAGAAACAGAGACCCAAGUUCCCAGAAGCCUGGAAGGAGAACAGCCUGGCCGUGCGCUCUCUCAAGGAGACUAUGGAGGAUUGCUGGGAUCAGGACGCAGAGGCUCGUCUGACAGCGCAGUGUGCAGAAGAGCGUAUGGCAGAACUGCUGCUGAUCUGGGAAAGAAACAAACCCGUCAGCCCCACCAUCAAUCCCAUGAGCACAGCACUGCAGAACGAGAGGAAUCUCACGCACAGUCGCAGGGCUCCCAAGAUGGGCCCUUAUCCAGAUUACUCUUCAUCCUCUUACAUCGAGGAUCAUGAAGGCAUGGUGAAGAACCUCCCAGGUGACGUCUCCACGUCUGGCACGUCCUCUGUGGGUGGCAUGGGUGUGAGCGGCAUCAGUGGUGGUGUGGCAGUGACGGGAGAGAAGAACAGAAACUCUAUCAACUAUGAGAGACAGCAGGCUCAGGCCCAAGCUCGGCUGCCCAGUCCAGAGACCAGCGGCACGAGUCUGUCCACCACAACCACUACAACAGGCCUCACGCCCAGCACCAUCAUGACCACCAUCUCUGAAUCAGGCCACUCGGAGGAGGCCGGAGCCGGAGCAAGCGUACCAGUGUGCCUUCAGCUCACAGAAGAGGACCUGGAGACCACCAAACUGGACCCCAAGGAGGUGGACAAGAACCUGAAAGAAAGCUCUGAUGAGAACCUGAUGGAGCAUUCGCAGAAGCAGUUCAGCGCUCCUGACCCGCUCAGCUCAGGCAGCUCCAGCCUCUUGUUCCCGCUGAUCAAACUCGCUGCAGAAGUCACUGGUGGAUCAGGAACUGGCAGCCAGGCCGAUUUGGGAGUGGGUGGCAGUGGAAUGGGCGAAACUCCUACAGCCAUGUUCCCUCUUCCCAAACAGCAGAAUCUCCCCAAGCGGCCCACCAGCUUGCCUCUCAACUCCAAAAACUCUGGCAGGGAGUCCUCGUCGUCACGGUUAAAGUUUGGCAAGCACAAGUCCAACCUGAAGCAAGUGGAGACGGGCGUAGCAAAGAUGAACACCGUAGUGACAGUCGAGCCACACUUGGUCACUGUCACUAACAACGGACCCAGUGUCCAUAGCAGCGUUGGAGUGGUGGUUGGUAAUGGAUAUGGUGGGGGCAGUGGGGCCGGCUCCUCUGAUGCGUUUGGGAACACGAACCCAGCCGGGCCACAGGGUGACGGUGGUGCCCCUCUGAUCCAGAGCCAGCUAAGCGGAGAAGACAGCCGUCUCAACAUCAACUCCAGUCCGGACGAACACGAGCCCCUGUUGAGGAGAGAGCAGCCGGCGGGGCGCGAUCAUUCCAGCCGCACCAACUCCAAUAACAACAACAGCAACAACAUCCACACAACCACCGCUGCCACGAUUCAUACCUUAGUUCCUGUAGACGCCCAGAUGACAUUAACCCACUCUCCAGAGAAGCCAGACGGAACGGAUGACGGCGUUCCUUUGAGACAGCAUAAGCCCAGCAGACCUGAGCGGCCAAACUCACUGGACCUGUCAGCAACUUCCCAGGAUUCUUCUCUUCUAGAAGAGGUCUUGUCACAAGAGGGAAAAGCCGGAUCGGCCGAGAAGAUUAAGAAGCGUGUGAAGACACCUUAUUCUUUGAAAAGAUGGCGUCCUUCUACAUGGGUCGUCUCUACAGAAACACUGGAUGGAGAGGUGAAUAACAACGGGAACGGCCUGAAGAUGGGGACGGCAGACACUGGAGGUAGUUACCCAAGUUCUGGCCAAUCAAAAUCCAGCAUCGCUGUGUUCCUGGUCAGCGGUGGAACUGCGACCGCCGCUCUAAACUCCGACCCGCCAGAUAUGACCAGCCUGUGAACUCGCAUCUCCGCUUUUCCUCUGAGGACGAGCCCAAAUCAGACUUUGAACACAGGAGGGGUUUGUCUAUGCUGAUCAGCUGAUGACCGAAAAGAGAGUUUUUAGAAAGCAGACUCUUGACGGGACGUAAUUUGGCAAGCACUUAACUUUGUCAAACUUAUCCAACUUGUUUUGAAGAAAUCGCUUUAAACCGAACCCAGCUAUGCAGCAACAUUGGCAUAAAAUGCUUCCAUUUGUUUUUGUCGUUUCUUCUUCAAUCAAGUAUGAUUCUUGUAUGCCUGUUCUUUCAUUUGUUGCACUUUUCUUUUGUAAGUAAUGUUAACCACAGAUCCUCCGACCAUGUUAAAGACUGGUCUUAAAACGGAAAGACGUAAACGACAAUGUGUUGAUUUAACAAUCAUAGUAGAUUGGGUGAAAUUGAAAUAAUUUCCAUCUAAAAAAAGCAUCCAUUCAGUGGUCUUUAAGACAGGGUUGACUGAAUCUCUUAUUACCUUUUAACCCACCAUACAUUCAUAUGUUUUAUAUUUGUUGUAUGUAUCUGUGUACUCAGAUUUUUUUUGUAUCAUAUUUUGAAAUGUGCAAUAGACAUUAGCUUGGAGGUGCUCCAUAAGACAAUGUAAUUUUGCUCUGUGUUUAUCGCCGCUUCUGUUUGUUUCUCGUCUUUAGUUUAAUGUCUUGAAAGGCUGCACUUAACAGUGGCAAUCCUGUGUCCAUUUGGCCUCCCCAACUGCAUUUGAGAAACAUCAUACAAAUGACAAUCCUACACCUUUUCACCAGUCCUAUCACUCUUGAAAAGGGAGGUAAACAGAAAAUCUUGGGGUGUUCAUAACAGACAACUUCUCACAAACUUCGACGAGACAGUAGGUUUUUUUCUGUUACAAUACAAGUCAGGCAUCAGCCUGGACUGUUUGCUGGGAAUCAUGCUUUCUGAAGACACUGAAUAAUCAAGUCCCUCUCUGCACAUGCUCAGUGCAGUUUUACCUCUGUGAGAGUGUGUGUGUGUGUAUGGGUCUGUUUCUGCUUUAUGGAGCUGCUUGGAUCACAGCUGAAAAGGCAUCAGUCAAACAAGACUUUUCACUUCCCAUCUCUGCCAGGAAAAUGGACGUUUGCUUGGUGUCCUUCAGAAACUGAACAUGCACGUACAUACGACCUGAACAAAAUAUAUACUGUAUGUACAGACUGAAGCUCACAGCUACUUUAGUUCGGUUUUAGCCUUUGUUAAAGAUAAGCUGACAUGAUUAGUGCACAUUACGAAAUCAUGAUUUUAUCCAUAUUGGCUGUUUCGGAAGUUAUUUUUUGUUCUUUUUAUUUUUUGUAAAGGUUUAAUUUAUGUAGUAUCAAGGACCAUCUUUAUUCUCUGGGUUUAUUAUUCUUAUGAAAUCGAAUCGAUAAGUUGUGUAUAAUCAUGUAAAAAUAUCUUAUUUUAAUGAUACUUUCAGUCAAAUACAUCAGAAAUGCAUGUAGUUUCACCCUUCUUUCGCAAGUCAGUCAUAUACAGUCGAGGAGAGAUUGAGCUUUUUUUUUUGGUGCCACUAGAAAUACAGUCAUAAAAGUACAGCAUCCUCAUUUUGAAAUCAUCUGUGAGAGCAGAUGAUGUUUGUACCAGCCAUAACAUGGGCCUCGUGUUUUAUCCUAACUGCUGCCUUUUGUAGAAAAUAAUGGGCAUGAGCCAUUCAAAUAAUGACAUGGUGAUUAGGAAAAUUCCCUCAUAUAGCAAGACCCAGCUUCCCUUCCCAAGAAAGCAGAUGUUUGAUCAAAGAGUAUGCAUUUUCUAUAAUGAGUGUGGGGUUUAAACCAUGAUUUGGCACAAGCCAGUAUUAUCUUUGGACUUUGUCCAGUGCAGAGCGGGGAACUUUCAAAAAGUCAUCUGAUAUGUCCCUUCCAUUGGCUUUUUCUGUCGGAAAACAAGAAAAUGCAGUCCAGUUUAGUUUCUCAUGCCCUCUUUUCUUAACCAAUCAGCGCUUCAGUCUGACUUUUGUAUAUGUUUGUAAUAUAGGCUAACCUCUGUAAAUAUUCAGUGCAUUUAUAUGCACAUUUACAGACUCUUCAUCUGUUGCUUUGGGACCAAGAACAACUCUAAAUCACUGUGAGAUUUAUCUGAAGAUAAACACAGAAACGUUAGACUGUUUUCAGCUAGAUACGUCAGUGUGAAUGCUGGAGUCGAACAGAAGAUUAUGAAUUGAAAUAAGAUAUAAUAGUCUAAUAAAAGACAAAACAAACCUCCAGUGCUCAUUUGAAUAACAUGAACAAACUUUUAUGAUUUAGACCAAAGCGUUUAAGCUAAAACGAGUCAUUGGAAGUAUAGUUUGUUCAAGAUGACUGUCCAUCUGCUACAUGUUAAUAAUGCAAGAUGUUUACACCAGAGCCUUUGUCCAGUUUUACAGCACACUGUUGAAUACCAAAUCAUUUACAGAUACUACAUGCCUUGUUUAUUCUUGAAGAAGUCAGACUUUUUAAAUUCAGUCAAAUUGCAGGAAUGCUUUAACUAAACCAAGUUGUACUCUUGAAUUUAAAAUGAGUCCUUUACUGAAUCCUACAUCGAUUGGAAAUCAUUACACUCGCAAAAACCAAACAUGAAAAUGACUAACAAUGUGUCCCCACAAACUUUGAGUAUCAGCUGUAUUUUGGGGUGCAAAUGAGCGAACGAAUGAAGGGUCUGUGUUGACAAGCUGCUUUUUUCUUUUGAGUUCAUACUGAAGCUGAAGUCUUUAUUUGGCCCCUGCAUAGAUGGAUGUUCAAAAAAAUAUAAAAAUAAAAAAGCCACUUACGUUUUCUAUUACAGCUUGUAAAGUAAGCACUUUGAGAAAAAAGAUCAAAUGAUAACUCAUGCUUUUAGUCUAUGCAGAAAGUGUUUUAAAAUGCCAUUUAGAAAAUAAGCUUGCUGUAAACCCUGCAUUAUUCAGUUGAUUAAAGAUUAUAUUAAUGAAAACCGG